AUGCGGAUUUUGUUGCCAGAGUUGUCAGUGAAAUUAUGGAAAGGAAAUUCCACGUUUCUAACCGAAAAUCUGUGUCUAGGGUGAAGGCAUCACGCAGACGUCCCGGCUGUAUCCGCCUCUUUGUGUGCCCUACGACCGGGGGCCGUCUCGAGAUAUCUGUCUCACCCCUAGAGACUGUGACGGGCCUAAAGGCAGCCCUGGGCAGAAAGUUGAGGGUAGCCCCAUCAAAGAUCACCCUCAUCUACAAAAACACUGUACUAAAGAACGGUUGCCUACAGGACCAUCACAUCCCAGACGAGAGUCACGUGACCUUGUUGCCUAAUAUGGAGUCUGGCCUUAGCGUGAGCCAAUCAGAUCGCAGCAUCAUGCAAGCUUUAGAGAACCUCACAGAGACUCAGGUCAACGACUUCCUCUCAGGCCGCAGUCCACUGAUGCUGGCCAUCAGGAUGGGUGAGAACAUGGUCUUUGUCCAGCUUCAGUUGUCCAUGCUUCAAGGCCAGCGCCCUGCCCCGCCCACCGCCAGCCCCAUGGCGCCCACCGCCUCCAUCUCUCAGUCCAGCCUCUCUCCCUCGGCCAUAGCUGAAGCCACGCGCUGUCUCUCCCAGCGCAUACACAGGCUACAGGAGCUCAACAAGUCUAGCAGGCAGUCUACACCUUCUACCUCAAGCCUGCACAGGCUAAGUCAAGCAGCAGCCCUGUCGCAGGCAGCACCCCUGUCGCAGGCAGCACCCCUGUCGCAGGCAACACCCCUGUCGCAGGCAACACCCCUGUCGCAGGCAGUACCCCUGUCACAGGCAGCAGCCCUGUCGCAGGCAGCACAUGCACCCCAACCAACUCCUGUAUCAACCCCUCAACCAGCAGCACCCCCAACCUCCCCAUCCCAUCAAAGACCCCCAGCCCUGCCCAUUGUACCUGACAACCCCCUGCCCUCCCCACCUCCCAGUCCUGGUGCAGUGAUUGACAGCAUGAAGCACCUUGGACGUGGUGUUUACACUGGAACAUUUCAAGGCACGUUGGACCCCUCGCUGCAGGACGUCCACGGCCAUCCCAGGAGGAGUGUCAGCACCAUCCUGCACAUCCUCAAUGAUCUAUUAAUAGCUGCCCCACAUAGCCCAGCACCAGCCAAUCCAAUCACUGCCUGUCCAUCCAUGCUGACCCCACCAUCUAGUCCAACCAGUAGGGCAAGUCCAGUGAACCUGAGUGAAAACUUGGAGAACAUUCGGCUGCGUGGCAAGAUGCAGCAGAUCCAGAAGAUGCUGGCCCACAAGAAGGAGGAGAGAAGGACACGCAGGGAGCAGAGUGCCCCCUACAGCACCGGCCCCCGCUCCCACCAAAAGUUGGCCAUCUCCUCCUCCCUCUCACUAACAAGCUCGUCCUUACCCUCCCCUGUGUGUGUGGACAAGAGCAUGUCAGCAGUGUCCAGCCAUGUGGAGCCCAGCACUGACCAGUCCAGCUACUGCAAGCCCAACAUCGAGCAGGCGGUCUGAGCGCUACACCUGGAUGGCCUUCACCUUCAACCCCAAUGAAGGUUUUUUUUUCUGCCUUCCUCAGGCCGUUUGAGGCGAGGAACUUUUAGAGAAAUUGUCUGGCUGUUUGACACAGCUCUUAGCUUGGUGGCCCAGAGAGGCCCAAGCCAGCCCUAGCUAGUUAGCUUACAAAGGGCAGUAAUUCAGGCUUGUAAAUAUCAGUGUACAUAGCGAUUAGUCACCACACCCUCAGUGAUACAUAGACAUUGGGUUAUUGGCUGUUAUACAUCAGUCAUUGGGUCAUUGCCUAUUAUACAUCAGUCAUUGGGUCACUUCUUGUUGUGAUCCAAAUUUGGAAACAUUGCAUUAUUUGGUUUCCACUGUUAAACAAGAAAAAAAAUGCAACUUAAAGUAUGCAAAAAACAAAACUUCCUUCAACUAAUCUUCUGUACAUACAAUAAUUGGGCUUGACAGGCACCUUAAUCUCCAUACUGUGAUAUUGGUACGCAGCUUUUUUUUACUAACUUUUUAACCCAUGAACAAUAUCAAAUCAAAAUAUUUAUGACACAAUUUCAAAAGUAACCGACCUACACAUAACAGACCUACACGUAACCGCUACCUACACGUAACAGACCAGAUGGUGUGUAGUGGGUGAGAGGAGUGACCUCGCUGACUGACCGAAAUGUCAGCGAGGUGAGUGUGACAGGUCACAGAGGGUGCUGGUACUAAUGUCUUGUUGGCUUAUUGUUUCAUUCAGGCAAUACUUUCAGUUUUUUAAAACCAGUUAUAAUGCUAGUGCAUUAUACGGUUGCAUGUUAUUUGAUUUGCCAUAUUUUUUGUACCUCAUAGAACCAUUAGACUGAUGGCAGGUUGCUCACACAAGUGUAUAUCUACAUGCACUUAUAUACCCCAUUGCUUGUAAAUAUAAUCCCACAGUGUUAUAAAUUUAUAAAUAUAACCCACACAGUAUGUGUUAUAAAUUGUAUCUUGCAUUAUCUCCCUUCCAUUACACAAUAAGCAAUACAUGCCACCUGUGACAUCAAUUAGGACAGUUACCUGGGUCAAUAUAGGUGGGGGUAGUUGUGGAAAUAGUGAUAGUUGGGGAAAUAGUGGUACCUGGGUCAAUAUAGGUGGGGGUAGUUCUGGAAAUAGUGGUAGUUGUGGAAAUAGUGGUAGUUGUGGAAAUAGUGGUACCUGGGUCAAUAUAGGUGGUGGUAGUUGUGGAAAUAGAGGUAGUUGUGGAAAUAGUGGUACCUGGGUCAAUAUAGGUGGUGGAAAUAGUGGUACCUAGGUCAAUAUUAGUGAGGGCAGUUUUGAAAAUAGUGGUUUCUGUACAAAAAAUUGUUUAAUAUAACCUAAACAAUAUCUGCUUUAUCAGAGUUAAUAUAAACAUAGCUACUUAUCUAGAGCUAAUCUAACACGGCUAUUUCACAAGAGUUGAUCUAGCUUGUAGCUUUUUAUCCAUGUUCAAUUAGUACUGUACAUAAUUCUAUAUUUUGUAAUUUUUCAUUUCUAGCAUAGAAUGAUUCACUUUUUUUGUAACACCAGUAAAAUCAAAUAUUCUAUAGAAAUCUGGUCCAUGCUAUGUUGUGAUCAGCUCAUGAUGAAAACAUGACUGACCACAUAAUUUUCUGUUUACUAAUUUAUUAUUUCAUCCAUACCCUUCUGCUCAUUUUGUAAUUAAUUAAGGUGAAUUAAGUUUACUUUGCACAAAAGAUCUUUUUUCUCUUAAGGAAGGGUUUGUGGCAUAUGUUGUGUAGUUCCAUUAAAGAAUUUUACUUUCAUAGGUUUGUACACAAUAGGAAACAUUAACUUUUAGUGGAAGGUUUAGACCACCAUUUGAGUGGGAGGUUUAGACCACCAUUUGAGUGGGAGGUUUAGACCACCAUUUGAGUGGGAGGUUUAGACCACCAUUUGAGUGGGAGGUUUAGACCACCAUUUGAGUGGGAGGUUUAGACCACCAUUUGAGUGGGAGGUUUAGACCACCAUUUGAGUGGGAGGUUUAGACCACCAUUUGAGUGGGAGGUUUAGACCACCAUUUGAGUGGGAGGUUUAGACCACCAUUUGAGUGGGAGGUUUAGACCACCAUUUGAGUGGGAGGUUUAGACCACCAUUUGAGUGGGAGGUUUAGACCACCAUUUGAGUGGGAGGUUUAGACCACCAUCUAAGGUUAACAGAAUAAUAAUUCUACUGGUAGACUGUGUGAUAUGGUGAGUCUGACAAGAUUUGUGCUACUCAAUGGUUCAGCUGACCACUGGCUGUACACAAUUGUUCAGCUGACCACUGGCUGUACACAAUUGUUCAGCUGACCACUGGCUGUACACAAUUGUUCAGCUGACCACUGGAUGUACACAAUGGUUCAGCUGACCACUGGAUGUACACAAUGGUUCAGCUGACCACUGGAUGUACACAAUGGUUCAGCUGACCACUGGCUGUACACAAUGGUUCAGCUGACCACUGGCUGUACACAAUGGUUCAGCUGACCACUGGCUGUACACAAUGGUUCAGCUGACCACUAAAUGUAUAGGACUAACUGGCUGUUGUACAUUUGUCUGGAAAUCUUUGUUCUACUGCCAUUGGAUGAAGGGGCAGCUCAAAUAGAAUGUUUUUUCUGACUAUUGUUCCAUCAGAUUUUAUCAGCAGAGUUUUUAUUUAACAGAGUUUUUAUUUAACAGAUCUGUCUAGUGUAGAUCACUAGAUUGCUCUGGUUACCAUCCAGUACCAAAAAUUUAAUCCAAUUGUUUUGUUCCACCAACAAAUGUGGUUUGGGUUUUGUAACUGUUUUAACAUAUUCUAUUUUUAGUAAAUGACAGAGAAACUUGAUUUUAAUUUUUCAUAGGUUUUUAAAAAAAACUUUAGAAUGUUGGUGGAACAAGUAGAUCUAUAGCUGUAUGACCUGUGCUUGACAUAGCUGCCCAGCUGUAUAGAUUUCAUGUUAGAUUUUUUUUCAGACCUUUUAGGAGGAUAAAGUUAUUAAACUAAGAGUUCAUUGCUAAGGUAAAAAUAAAAGAUGGACCUUAUAAUUUAAAGCUGCUAAUAUGUUUCCAGGCAUGGAACAAUGAUUUAUUGCAAUCAUUUUAAAGUUUGUUUUUGUGCUGGUACAGCAGGAAUAAAAUGUACUCAUCUGUUUUUAAUUACUUUUAAAAAAAUAAGCAGUCAGUGAUGAGAUUCCUGCAUGUAAACGUUAGCACAUUUUGUACUGGUAAUAUUUGAAAUUGAUCUGUUUUAUGAGAAUAAAGAAUGAAGAAAAAAACAAUGUUGUUUGUGC